AUGAAUUUACAAGUCAGAGGUAUUAGCCAAGGUCCAAAAAUAGCUCAGAGAGAGACUUAUGAGCUCAGUAACUUUAACAAAGUGAUGAACGAAGCUGACAUUAACAUAGAAAAUGUUCGUAGCUUUAUUGAGAAAUAUAAAUACAAAAACUAUGAAGUUCCUUCUGAUGAUAUAACAGGAACGUUGAUAAAGCAGGUGGUUAAUUUUUAUAGUCCUUUUCUGAACCAUUCUGUAGAAUUUACUGAUUUGAAAUAACCAUCUUGUCCUGUUCUAUGAAGAGCAGCAUAAGAAAAUUCAUGAUAGAGAGUACCACAUCCCUAAUUACCAUGUUUUAAAUGAGAUUAUGACUAGCCUAAGGCAGCUUAUAAUUGAAAUGCUCAAGGAGCAGAGUGGAAGGCAGCAAAUGCUCUAUCUCUCUAGAAUUUUCAGGUGGUUCUACAGGAAAUAAGAUAGCUUACUCUGUUAAACCGAUCAAGUACGAUUCUAAAAGAAGGUCUAAACUGAAAAGCAAAAAUCAGCAAUCACUAGAAAAAGAAGCUGAUAAAGAACCUGAAAAGGAAGAAAAUAAUAAGAAGGAGUUCUUGAGAGAUACAAAAUCAACUGAAUCCAUCCUUAAGUCAUGUGAGAAAACCAAGCUAGCAAAAAUUUCUAAUAAAAAUCUAAACUCCAGACAAUACAAAAUAGAUUCAUUAUCAAAUUCAAUGAACCUGACUUCUUCCAAAUUCGAUCGGAACAAUAGCUAUUUUCAAGUAAGAGGGAAUUUAAAGCUCCCUGACCCACUAAGAUCUUCCUACAAUGGAGUUGGAACAUUAUCUAAAAGCUCGUCUGUCUCUAAAGACCUAAACCUGUCACCCCAGCAAUACGAUAAGAGCUACAAAUAACCUGCUCAAUAUUUUACAAAGAUCAGAGAGAAAACGCUUGGUUGAUGUCAAAGUUGAGAAACAGAUGCGAAAACACAUCCAUCACUGGGGCAAUGCCAAAGCUCAUAGAGAGAGUAACAAGGUCCAUAAGUAUGACCUGAACUCUCUAAGGAUUUCUAACGUAAGGAAACCCCGCAAAGGCCCUCAUAAACUACAAAACUUUUCAGAAGGAUAUGCUGUUUUUAGAGAUACUUUGGGCUCAAAUUUACAGUUUAAAAAGAGAAUUUACAAAGACCAAUUUGGAGAAAGCUCUUCUGAUAAAGAUGCUGAGGAAGUUUCAUCAGAAUCUAGUGAGGCAAGUGAAGAGAGCCCUCAAAAUAUUCCACACAAAAUAUCAUCAUUGCUUCCUGAAAAAGACAAGCUCAGAAAGUUUAGGAAAAACAAUAAGAUUAAGAUCAAAAAGAUCAUGCCCAACCUGAUUGAUUUGUCUAAAUAAAGAUAAUGAAGAUAGAAUAGGAACCUCGUCAACAAACAAGAACUUGACAAAUAAGGCACUUCAGAAGUUUAUGAAGAUGAAGCCUGAAAAGAGACCCAAGUUAGUCACCACAAAGAGCAUAGCCAAGAAUACGGAUAAAAUAGACAACGUGUUCACAGAAUGUGAAACUCAGAAGGAAGUGAAUCACCAGAUUACAUUAAGUGCCUUUUCUCGCCCAGAAGAUAUCCUCAAGAUAUCUCCAAAGAUGAAGAGCAAACGGAGCAGGUUAGAGAUCCUUAGGUCAAAGAGACGAGAAGAUCAGUUUAAGAACAGCUAUACCUUUGCUGAUUCUAUCAGAGACCAGAAUUGGAUGGAAAUACAGGAUCUUAGCAAGUCUUUAAUUAAAGAUGGAGUCACUUGAUCGAUCAAAACGAUACAGAAAGCAUUUCAUCUCCCUGAGAUGGCUAGGCCACUUAAUGACCACCAGAUCAAUACCUCACUUUUGUUAGCAUCAAAUUCAGUCGACCAAUAAUGCAUUUAAAUAGG